AUGGAGGAGGUCCCAAAAGCGAAAGAAACUGUGCCAUCGACAAGCCGUAAGAGGAAAUCGCCCGACACUACGCCUGUCGAAACUGAAGAUAUUGAAAAGCCUAAAAGAGGAAGAAAAAAAGCUGUUGAAAUAGCUGUCAAAGAGGUUAAGAAGCAAACUGAAGUAAAGACGCGAGCAAAAGCUAAUGUUCAGGCUAACUCCAGUAAAGAGGAUACCAAAAUAGCUCAACCCAAAGGAAAAAAGGUCGCGCCAGCUCAAGAAACGAUGGCGCCCUCUACAAGUCGUAAGAGGAAAUCUCCCGAUGUCACUCCUGCUCAGAAAGAAACAUCUGCAGCCGCUAAAAGGCGAAAGGCAGCCGAAAUUACUGUGCCGGCUCGCACGACUCGCUCUAAAGCUGGGUCUCAACCAAAAAUGCGCGGCCAAAAAAGAUAA